AAUGUUAAUUAAAGAAUAUAGAAUACCUUUACCGUUGACAGCAGAAGAAUAUCAAAUUGCACAGCUUUUUAUGAUUCAGAAAAAAUCCCGAUUAGAAAGUUCUGGUGUUGGAAGUGGUGUUGAAAUAAUUAAAAAUGAGCCCUACAGCGAUGGUCCUAAUGGCGAUUCUGGUCAAUAUACUUUUAAAAUAUAUCAUAUUGGAAAUAGAAUUCCAGUUUGGAUUCGCAACAUUUUACCUUCAUCUGCACUUGAAGCUCACGAAGAAUCGUGGAAUUCUUACCCUUAUACACGUACUCGAUAUUCUUGCCCGUUGAUCUCACAUUUUAGUGUUGAAGUUGAAACGAAGUAUUUAAAUGAUUCUGGUAAUUCAGAAAAUGUUUUUAAUUUAAGUCAAGAUGAACUCAAAAAUCGGGUUAUUGAUGUUAUCGAUUUUGUUCGUGAUCCAAUUUCUUCUCAUGAUUAUUUGGCAGAAGAAGAUCCAAAAAUAUUUAAAUCAUUCAAAACUGGUAGAGGCCCUUUAAACGAAUGUUGGAUUGAAAAUUGUAUUUCAAAUAAAUUACCUUUAAUGUGUGCUUAUAAAUUGUGUAAAGUAGAAUUUAAAUACUGGGGGUUACAAACACGUGGAGAGAGGUGGAUACAUGAAUUGGCGUUGAGGGGUACCAUGCUUCGUGCUCACCGUCAAGCUUGGGUUUGGCAGGAUGAAUGGUAUAAUCUAAAAAUUGAAGAUAUAAGAAAAUUAGAAAAUGAAACAAAAGAAUAUUUGGCAGCAUUGAUGACACCUAGAGAAGAUGAAGUUGAGGAAGAAAAUAAAGAAGAAUUAAAUUUAAAAAAUAAAUUAAAAAAAGAAAAGGAAGAGAAUCAACAACUUUCUUGUUCAAAUUCAGUUUCUGAUAUUUUCUUUGAUUGUUCUGAUAAAUUUGAAGAAAGGGAGGAAGAAGAAGGGCAGCCAGGCAGAACUACCUUGGUUCGUUGGAGUUCAGAAUUAUUAUUAAAUGAGGAUGAUGGAGAAAAAUCCCCACCACGAACACCACGUCUUUCAAAUAAUCGGUUUCUGCUUAUUCUUGUAUUCCAUGGAGAUUUAUUUCCGACUAAAUCGGCAGACUCGAAAAUUACAGACACAAAUACUUUACGUUCUACAUUAGAAAGUUUAAUUAGUUGUCAUUAUUCACAACUUAAGGGUCGUAUAAAUGUUCAGUGUGUUACAUGCGGCAGCGAAUUUGAAUCCCUUGCUCAUUUAUUAAAUUCUCUUUCUUCAUCUUUUGGCAAUUUUCACCCCUCAAUAGCCCAGUUAUUAGCUUCAGAUGUCUGUACAUUCAAUGCUUGUGUCACUCAGUCAAUUAUUACAGCAAAUAAAGUUUUUCGUAAUUUUUUGAAUUCUGAGGCUGGAAAGAUUUUUGAAGAGUGUGGGGAAGGGGGAGAAAUUUUUCUUGUUGGAGAUUUUAUUGGAGGAAUUAUUUUAUAUGAAGCUUUAGCUAGAAGUAUGUCUUCAACAACAAAUAAAAAUAAUAAUGAAAUAAAUAACGAUUUGGAAGUUAAUUAUCGAACAAAUAGAGUAUAUAGCCAUUCUUCUUCUCCUAGCAAUUCUGUCACCACUACUAACACUUCGCAUUCCUAUUCUCUUUCUGCUGGCGCUGCAGAUUCUCCAAGUAUUUACAGUGGCGGCUCUUCAAUUUUUAGCUUUGAUAAUAAGAAAACUCAACAGCAAAGACGAGGUUGUUCGCCUUCUCCUUCUGUUGCAACAGUUGACAAACAGUCAAAUAAAGCUGCUCUAGCAAGUCGACAAGCUUCUACAAAUUCUUCUCAGGAACCUUCACAUUUUGCAUUAGGCAGAAAGACUACUGAAGUCUCAAGUGAUGUUCUUGAUUUUCACCCUACUGCUGCUUUUUUACUUGGCUGUCCUUUAGCCUUGUUGUUAACACAACGUCAAUUACUUGACGAACAUCAAAAUUUUUCAUUAGCAUGUGACCAAUUAUACAACCUUUUUUAUCCUCUCGAUUUGUGUGGGGCAAGAUUAGAGCCUGUUCUCAACCCCAAUUUGGCUCAAUUGCCAGCACCCAAAGUACCUCGCUAUCAACGUUUCCAUUUACUUGGAGAUGGAAAUGAUAUCCACUUUGAUGCUGCAGGUUCCGCUACUCCAAUGGUUUGGGGAAGUCGUCGUGUUGACCACGAAUUGUAUUGCCCUCCAGAAAUGAAUACACUCCCAGCUUUGGCUUUACCAAAUAUUUUACAUGUUUCUUAUUGGGAAUCUAAAGAUGUUGGAGCUUUCAUUUUGAGAACAUUUUUGAGAUUUGAUGACACUCCAGGAUUGUCUACAACAAAUAUUAAAAAUUUGGCAGACUUUCCACCAUUAAAUUUUCAAAUGCCUUUGAGUAUUUGGAACAGGCGUAGGACGCGUUUUAAGGCAUCCAAUCAUCGAGCUAACGAUUUAUUAGUUGUUGCCGAUACUGAAGAACAGAUAGUCAAUGCUCGUUUUUGUUACGGACCAAUGGAUUUGGUUGCUUUAUCACAAGAGAAUGUACUUGUUUAUGUUUUACCUAGUGGGGGAGAAUGGGCAUUACGGGGAAUGGAAACAACGGAUAAACAUGGAAGGCUUUCAAUUGAUUUGGGGAAGAGUUUGCCUGUUGGUAUACAUCAUGUUAGGUUGAUUGUACAGGGAGAUCAUACCUUCCUUUCUGUAAGCAUUGCAGUCGUUCUAAAAGGUACCCCAAUUGUUGUUUUCAGUAUUGAUGGGUCUCUUACAGCUUCUGUUUCUGUUACAGGACGUGAUCCGAGAUUGAAACCUGGGGCAGUUGAUGUUGUUCGAUUUUGGCAACAACAGGGAUACUUAAUUAUUUAUUUAACCGCUCGUCCUGAUAUGCAACAACGUUUAGUUAGUGCCUGGUUAGCUACUCACAAUUUCCCGCACGGUCUUCUAUUCUUUACCCCUUCAUUGUCAACAGAACCGCUUAAACAGAAAAUGUUAUUUAUGAAGCAUUUGACAGAUAUUGGGUUGUGUGUACAGGCUGCUUAUGGAAGUACUAAAGAUAUUCCGGUUUAUUCAAAUGCCGGUUUGGACCCAGAACGCAUUUUUAGAGUUGGCGGCGGUCAUCGACGCAAGCACACUUUGGAUUGUGUUUCUUUAGAGAAUGGAUAUUCCCCCCAUUUACAUGAUUUACAUUCUGGACGUAUAGAAAUUGCCCAACCAGCCUCAUAUAUAGUUGUUGGACAUUCUAAUUUAAAUAAUUCUUUUGGAAUAAAAAUAGAAGAGCAUUCAACAUUAGAUACACAAAAUAACAGCAAUAAAUCAACAACAACAACAACCUCAAUACAUCAACAACAGCAACGAUCUCCUAUGCAGCGAACUUUAAGUUUUGGACCUCGUACGGGAAAAUAUAAUUGCUCUAAGAAAAUAAGCCAAACAUCCUCUUUAUCCACAAAUUAA